UUCGUCACCGACUCGCUAGUUUUCAAUCAGUUAACAAACGCUCAUUAUGGACGCCAUGGAAUCGACUCUAGACAAUACGACUCUCUCUACGAUAUCUCUCCUCGAGACGCGACUCUUGCGUAUCGAGCAUUUACUAUAUGGCCAUACGGUUCAGCAACCCAAAGCAUCAGCUAUAAGGAGCAUGCAAGAACUAGAGCACCGGUUUGCGACUCUUCUUCAACGAAUGCGCGUUUAUGCCGAACUUCUUAAACUCUAUAAAUCUCAGCCAAGUCUCUUCCAGCCACCACCGCCAUCCCAACCACCCUCCGAUCUCCCGCCUGAAGCCGUACGCGCUAUUGUUCUCGCUGCCGCGUCCUCAUUCCCGGCUACAGCUUCCGCGCUCACGGCGAUAUCCGACACGCCGAUUCCAGACCCGGCGCACACGGCUACUCUAGCUGCCUUAUUACCAAAGAUGAAGGGAAUCGAGGCGACACAAAUAGCGCAGGCGGCCGAGAUUGCGGAGCUGAGAGCCCGCAGCGAGGUUGUUGUGCGCCGGUGGUACGAGCAUAAUGUUAUGAGCUACUCGAACUUCGUGGCGGGCGUCGAAAGCCGUGUUGAGAAUGCCGAGCGCAUCGUGAGAAGAGUAGAAAGGGCCAGGAAUGAGGUUUGAGGCAUAUGACCUAUGCCCAUGACGUUCCUAUGGGGGGUCGAAUACUAUUCCAAGUUAUUGUUGGCCUGCUCAUACUCUUCAUGUAGCUGCGUCUUUGAGACUAUGGGCCCGACUUGCUUUGUACGCGAUCCUACGAAGUCAAGGUCGAUUCGUACUAUGAAUAGGCGCAAAGUCUCGCAGCGGCGACGACGAAAUUGAAGGGCCCUGCCGCCACUGAGGGCUAAUAUUGGGAAGGGAUUUGGAGACUCUUCGAAUAGACGGAAACGAACAAUAAGGUUUGCCCGCUACAAAUACCUCUUCCGAUUUGUAGUGAUGUAUUCCAUUGUUUAGUUUCUAUGGCAUGGAAAUGCUAGUAACAAUGUUCAUUAUGGCUCUAUUCAAUCUUAGUAUUGAAGAUUAACAGGAGGGCAAUGGACAAGCAUAGCAUAGCCCCAGGAGUAUAGGAGUAUAAGUCACGUUAGACUGGAUUUAGUAUUCAUAUCUAAUAUUAUUCACAAUGAUGUAAAUUGAAGUAACACCUUAAAAUACCCUUAGUAUGUUAUUAAGUAAACCCUCAGAUUAGAUACUUA